GUGGAUGGGCAGAAGUUCCCGAUUGGUCAGAUGCCCAAUGAAGGUUAGUGGAUUUAAAAACGAAUAUUCUGAGCUGUCUGAUGGAGUCCUGACGUGUUUCUGGAGACGAAUGAAUUUAAUCUGGAGGAUACAGAAAGUAAACAGACCUGAUUUCUUUAGUCCUGCGCAGUAAAUGAUAGAAAAGGUGUAGGAAUAAAACAGAGGAAAUAGUUUCCACCACAAUCUAAUUCAGAGUUUAAUCUGCUUGCUUUCAGAAUAAGAGUGAACAAUCAGAAAUGGAUCAUUAUUAGAUAUAUAAGCACUAAACUCUGGUAUAAAAUCAUAAACCAGUAUCAUAUAACUAUAUUACAUUUUAUCAUACGCUACUGUAUAUAGCGCACUUAUAAAGCACCUGUGAAGGUGAAUCUCAUCUUUCUCAUUAUUAUACACAUCUAUUAUCUCAUAUCUAGAUCUGAUUAAUAUUUACUCAUCUAAUACAUACAUCUACAAUUCAUAACACAAGACAGCAGUCUGUAAGAAUAGACUUAAUGAUUUGGACAUUUUCAUAAACAUUCUUGAGAUUACAUAAGAUAUUGAAUAUUAUGUGCAGAUAUACAUUCCUGUGUUGUAUAACCGUACGUUACUCAGUGUGUGAUGUGAUGUAGUUUGCGUUCUGCUGAUAUAAGAUGUGUAAGUGUGUGUUUAUAUAGCUUACCAGCUUUGAUCUGUGUUUAGCGCAAUGUGUAGGACUUCACACUGUUUUUCCUGCCCUAACACACACUCCUGAACGUCUCUGCUGUGCUCAGUAACACUGCACUGUCCCCCGCUCCUUCAGGAUGAAGUUGGAUGUGCAGUAUGCUGUAAGUAACAUGUGGGUUUAGAUGAAACGGUUUUAAAACAAGCUCUGAAUUACGCCAUUUCCAAUAUCAGUGCUGUAUGUUAUGUGUGUGUAUAUAUUUUUUACUGAUAUGGAAGCAUGAUUUGAUGAAUCAUUGAGUGUACAACCACAUCCGUGUGUGUGUGUGUGUGUGUGUGUGUGUACACCAAUCCUUCUAUUCAUGUGUCUUGUUUCUGGUUGUGACCCUAGCGUAUUAUCUUUUUGGGGGAUUUUUUGUCUCUGACCCACUGCCUGUUCUCUGUUGAGAAUUUUUUAUUUUUUAUUUUUUUGUCUAGUGAUUAGGAUUUGUUUGCUAUUGCCAGCUGUUUAAAAUAAACACACACUCUGAAAUGUCCGGAACAUUUCACACAGUAUCAUGAAGCAUUAAAGUAAAAUACCUCUUUUUUUUGUCUAAUAACUAAUAAACUCUUCUCCUAAAACAUGUUUUUAACUGUUUUUUUUAUGUGUUUGAGAAAGGAGAAUAAAUGUUAGACCCACAGGUGUUUUAAAUGUGUAUGGUAAAACAGUCACGUGAUCUCAACAUUUAAAAAUAAAUAAAUAACAGUUUGUUGGAUAACAUACCCAACCACAUAGCAUUAUGAAGACCAAGGAGUGAUCAAAACGAUGUGGGAGAAAGUUGUGUAAGGGAAAGUGUGUAAGUGAGGGAUUGGUUGUAAUAUGCCUAGCUGAAUGCAGGGAGCAGUGCAGGGAUCAGUCAGAGAACCAGUGGAGGGAUUAGUCAGAGAACCCACAGGUCAGAGAACCAGUGCAGGGAUUAGUCAAUCCUGUCAGUUACCAGUUCUGUGCUGUGGUUUUAAACUGAAACCGGAUGUAGGAUUCGCUCCUGUGGGGAUCACAACACAGAGUCUGCAUUUAUUCUUGAAGAGCAUACACACCACAGAACCCUGAAAAUGAGUUCCUCUGAUGAUGCUGAUGAUGAUAAAGAUGAGAGAUAUCAGAAAGAAAGAUCUGACUCACCUGCACCCAGCGCUGUGUCUAUGAAGAGUGACCAUUCAAUGGGAGCACCAAUAGUGUUUAAACAGGAGGAGAAAGAAAGUGUUAUUGAUCAAAAGAGCUCAGAGUCACCUGAACCCAGCUCUGUGUCUAUGAAGAGUGGCCGGUCAAUGGGUGCACCAAUAGUGUUUAAGCCAGAGAAAGAAAGAGAGAAACAUGGCAUAUCAAAUCCGUCCAUGGUGCAGGAUGCUGAUUCCCAGGUCCAGCGUGUGAGCCCAGACUGUCCAGCGGGCAAUGUUAGAGUGAUGGAGGACAACGAGCAUCAGAGCAGCACCAGAGAACUGGGCUCAUGGAAGCAAAUAUUCAAAUCCAAACUGCAGAAUAAAUUUCAGAUGAUUAAUGAGGGAAUUCCACUGUAUCGAAAUUUAAGACCUCUGAAUGAGAUUUACACAGACCUCUACAUCACAUCAGGAGGUGGGAGUGGACACCUCAACGAUGAACAUGAGGUCAGACGUAUUGAAAUGACAUACAGGAGACUAAUAACAGAGGAGUCCAUCAAUUGGAAUGACAUAUUUAAACCCUUACCUGGAGAUGAGAAACCCAUCAGAACUGUGCUAACAGAAGGCAUUGCUGGAAUUGGGAAAACAGUGUCUGUGCAGAAGUUUGUUCUGGACUGGGCUGAAGGAAAAGCAAAUCAGGAUUUGGAUUUCAUUUUUCCAUUUAACUUUAGGGAGUUGAAUUUUAAGAAGAAAGAAAAUCUCAGUUUGUUGGAGCUUCUCCACUGUUUCUUCCCAGAAACCAAAGAACUUAAACUAGACUAUAAUCACAACAGAAUUAUGUUCAUCUUUGAUGGACUGGAUGAGUCUCGUUUUUCUCUCGAUUUCCUAAGCAGCAAAAGGUUGACAGAUCUAACAGAGUCAGCUUCAGUAGACGUACUCUUAACAAACCUUAUUAACAGGAAUCUUCUUCCAUCUGCAUUCCUCUGGAUAACAUCUCGGCCGGCAGCCUCCGGUCAGAUUCCUCCUGAUUAUAUUGACAGAGUAACAGAGGUACGAGGUUUCAAUGACCCUCAGAAAGACGAGUACUUCAGAAAAAGAAUCAGUGAUCAAACCCUGGCUGAUAAAAUCAUCACACACCUGAAGUCAUCACGAAGUCUUUACAUUAUGUGCCACAUGCCAGUCUUCUGUUGGAUUGCAGCGACUGUUCUCGAGGGAAUGUUCAGCGAAGCAGAAACUGGAGAGGUCCCCAAGACCUUGACUCAAAUGUUCACACAUUUCCUGAUCUUACAGAUCAAACAUAUAUCCAUAAAGUACAAAACACCUGAAAUGGAUCCUAGACAGAUUGCAAAUGUUUUACUAAAACUGGGAAAGCUGGCAUUCCAGCAGCUGGAGAAAGGAAACCUGAUCUUCUACGAGGAGGACAUCACUGAGUGUGGAAUUGAUGUCCAAGAGGCCACGGUGUACUCAGGAGUUUGUACUCAGAUCUUUAUCGAGGAAGUCAUUUCACAUCUGGGGAAGGUGUACAGCUUUGUGCAUCUGAGUGUUCAGGAGCAUCUUGCUGCUGUGUAUGCAUUUCUCUCAUGUAUCAACGGAAACCUCUCAAAACAACAAACCCCUAGAAUCUUCGACCUCUCCAGCAAGGCAACACUGUUAGACCUUCUAAAGGCAGCAGUAGACAAGGCCUUACAGAAUAAGAACGGACAUCUGGACCUUUUCCUCCGCUUCCUUACGGGUCUCUCACUGGAGUCCAAUUCAGUUCUCUUACAAGACCAACUGACCGAGACAGGACGCAGCUCUCUGAGCAAACAUGCUGCUGUCACAAACAGGGAAAUAACCACAUACAUCAAGGAGAAGAUUAAGAAGAAUCCAUCAGUAUGCAAAUCCAUCAAUCUGUUCCAUUGUCUGAAUGAACUGAAUGACCAGUCUCUGGUACAGGAAGUCCAAACCUUUUUGAAUAAAACAGCAGAUUAUUGUCUCCAAGGAGUCAGACUUUCUACAGUUCAGUGGUCAGCUCUGGCUUUUUUCUUGCUGAACUCAGAAGAGGAGCUGGAAGAGUUCAACCUACAGAAAUAUGCAGCAUCAGAUGAGUGUUUAAAGAACCUGUGCCCAGUUGUCACAGCAUCCAGAAAAGCUCUGCUGUGUGAGUGUAAUCUCACAGAGAAAAGCGGUGACGUUCUGGAGAAAGUUCUCAGCUCACACUGUUCAUGUCUGAGAGAGCUGGACCUGAGUUAUAAUAAACUGCAGGAUUCAGGAGUCAAACGGCUUUCUGCUGGGCUGAAGAGUCCACACUGUAAACUGGAGAUCCUAAAGUUGCGUAACUGUAACAUUACAGAAGAAGGCUGCGUGGCUCUUACUGAGGCUCUGAGGUCAAAUUCACGGCUGAGAGAGCUCGAUCUGAGAGAUAAUGAUUUAGGAGACCAGGGAGUGAAGCUGCUCUCUGAUAUAAAGGAGGAUGAAAAGUUCACACUGGAGAAGUUGGAGUUCUGAGAUCUUCAGACCUGACCUGGUGUAAGGAUGAAAUCUCGUGGAGAUAACAGCUAACAGAACACACACACACACUUUCCUAGAUCCAUCAUCAUUCCUGACACACUAAACCUAGCUACUGAUCGUGUUGGUUGUAGAAGAUUUGUGUGUUUAUUGCU